AUGGCGGGGCCGUGGGGCCACCCGGGCGGGACCCUGAAGGGCAAUGGCAGCGCACUGCUCAACGCCUCGCAGCAGGCGCCGGGAGGCGCGGAGGGCGCGAGGCGACCCUCCUGGCUGGCCUGCACGCUCGCCUUCAUCCUCAUCUUCACCAUCGUGGUGGACGUCCUGGGCAACCUCCUGGUCAUCCUGUCCGUCUAUCGGAACAAGAAGCUGAGGAACGCAGGGAAUAUAUUUGUGGUGAGCCUUGCCGUUGCGGACCUGGUGGUAGCUGUGUACCCAUACCCCUUGGUGCUGACGUCUAUAUUUAACAACGGGUGGAAUCUGGGACACAUGCACUGCCAAGUUAGUGGCUUCCUAAUGGGCUUGAGUGUCAUUGGCUCCAUAUUCAAUAUCACUGGAAUUGCCAUUAACCGCUAUUGCUACAUCUGCCACAGCCUCAAGUACGACAAGCUGUACAGUAACAAGAAUUCCCUCUGCUGUGUGUUCCUGAUAUGGGCGCUGACGCUAGUGGCGAUCAUGCCCAACCUGCAUACAGGCACCCUGCAGUAUGACCCGAGGAUCUACUCCUGCACGUUUGCACAGUCCGUCAGUUCGGCAUACACCAUAGUGGUGGUGGUUUUCCAUUUCCUGGUUCCUAUGAUCAUAGUCAUCUUCUGCUACCUAAGAAUAUGGAUCCUGGUUCUUCAGGUCAGACGGAGGGUGAAACCUGACAAUAAACCCAAAAUGAAACCACAGGACUUCAGGAACUUUGUCACCAUGUUUGUGGUCUUUGUACUUUUUGCCAUUUGCUGGGCUCCUCUCAACUUUAUUGGUCUGGUUGUGGCUUCAGACCCUGCCAGCAUGGCACCCAGGAUCCCAGAGUGGCUAUUUGUGGCCAGUUACUAUAUGGCAUAUUUCAACAGCUGCCUCAAUGCAAUUAUAUAUGGGCUACUGAACCAAAAUUUCAGAAAGGAAUACAGAAGAAUUAUAGUCUCACUGUGUACAGCCAGAAUGUUCUUUGUGUAUAGUUCUAAUGAUGCCGCAGAUAGGGUUAAAUGCAAACCCUCUCCAUUAAUGACCAACAAUAACCUAAUAAAAGUGGCCUCUGUUUAAAAAACAAAGACAUUGCUGGCAAGAUGUACACAUUGCUCAAGGUCUUACUCAUUUUCAUGUUUGCUUCCGUCUUGACAGAUGCCUAGAGGUACAGGGUAGUUGAGAAAACUUGUACUCUUAUGAGGUUGUCUCUAGUUUAUGAGCUUCUGUGUU